CACAAGAAGCGCUGGCGAUCUUCAAUGAAAUCCCUCUUUGCUUCCGCCCUCCAAACUGACUUCGUCUCCGCGCAAACUUCCAGCAACCGUCCAGCAUGAGAGGAGACCAACACCAUGGAUGUGCCACAUGAGGCGGACCAGACAAACUGAAGCCCUCGCUCAAAGUUUUUCCCAUAGAGACCAUUGUGACACUGACUGAACAAACACACAACUUUAUGCCUGUUUUUCUGCUUUCCUAAUACUUUUUACGCCUCGCCUGCCUGUUGGGAUUGCUUGGAUUCCGCGGUGUUAUAUGUUCAGCCGGGGAGACGUGUAGUUUUUCGGGGUGGUCCGCUAUAAGGAAGGUGACAUGCAGGUUCUCGGUUGGACCAUAGUUCUCCUGUGCCAGUGGAUCCUACGGAAGGUCCAAGGGUUGGAGAAGCAGGUGGAGUUCUCAGACCUGGGCCCAGUGGGGUCUUUGAUGAAGACUCUUCCAUAUGGCAUGGGUGGAGGCACAGUGGGAGGAUCGUCAGGAGGCGUGGUUAAGCCUCCGUACCAAACACGUAUCUUCUCCACUUCCAUCGACCAGACACCUAUGAAAUCCAAGCCACCCACCUACAGUUUCUAUAACCCAUACGACACGGCCCGGAAUCAGUCCCUGCUCCUGGACCAAACAGGAUACCGCUCUAAGCGCAAGCCCUCGCUAAAGACAUCCAUGAAGACCAAGAAGAUCUUUGGCUGGGGAGACUUCUACUUCAACGUCAAGACCAUAAAGUUCAGCUUGUUGGUGACAGGGAAGAUUGUGGACCAUAUCAACGGGACGUUCACCGUGUACUUCCGCCACAACUCAUCCAGCCUGGGGAACGUUUCAGUCAGCAUUGUGCCGCCCACCAAAGUGGUGGAGUUUGAUGUCCUCCAGCACCAGCUGCACCCCCACACUCAGCAGGACGUCCAGAUCCACGAGACCCAGCAGACCACCAUCAACCCUAAACAGACAAAGACUUUUAACUGUCGGGUGGAGUAUGAGAAAACCAACAGAUCCAAGAAGCCCAAACCCUGCCUGUACGAUCCUUCUCAGACCUGCUACACAGAGCACACCCAGUCCCACGCUGCCUGGCUUUGUGCCAAACCCUUCAAGGUGAUCUGCAUCUUCAUCUCUUUCUUAAGCAUCGAUUACAAGAUGGUUCAAAAAGUGUGUCCGGACUACAACUUCCAAAGUGAGCACCCUUAUCUUGGAUAAGUAAGUGAGCUUGAACUGAAAUGAGAAAAAAAUAAAUAGACAAUGUUAAUGACGACGAUGAUGAUUAUAAUGAUAAUGAUGGAAAUCAUAGUCAUAUUGAUUACGAUGAAGAAGCAGGGGACAGUUUUUUGCCUCUAAACUGCUGUGAAUUGUGGAUUUAAAUCAAGUAUAAUCAGAGUUUUGGAUGAUUAGGAUAUGGCUGAUUUUUCUGACUUAUUUUCCAACUUUGUAUUUGUUAACCUCUGUUUUUAUUUGCUUUUUUUCUGUAAAUAAUGUACUCAACCUCAGCACACUUAUUGUUUUUAGAUAUUUGUUUCUCAGUGUUAUUACUUUUUGCAGUUGCAGAAUUCGGUUGAAGAAAGCUGGAAUCAGUAUUAUGCCCUCCGAGUACAAAGGGAGCCUCUGAGCCGGCUGUGCUGUGCCAUCACUGUAUGGCAGACGUAAUGUUAUGGUAGACUGACUGUUAAUCAUCCUCUCAGCUCUACGUUUCCUUGGAUAUAAGAGAGUUAUAUGUAUGAGAAAUACUAUGCUGGAUAUGCAUACAAUAUACUGUAUGAAAAAGUACAUUAAAAUCUCU